AUGGGUGAGCCUUUUAAUCUUGAAAGUGCGUUUAUUGCCCUGGAAGAACUAAUUAAGAGGAUCAUCAACGACCUGGGUCCUGAACACGGAUCGCGAAUCAAUAAAACCCUAGGAAGUUUUAUCACAAGGGAUGAUCAAUUGCAGAAGAACAAAGAAGACAAAGCCGAAGAUGAAAUGGAAACCGAAAGUGAAGAAAGCUCAUCGACACACGCCAACGAUGAGGUGCAAACCAGCCAAGUUGAACCAGCCAGCGAAGAAGAGGAUACUUGUGAUUCUGCUUCCAGUUCGGAAAUUGAUGGUGAAUCUCCCCAGCCAGGGCAGAAGAGGCCUAGGAAAUCCGGAAAAGGAGCAACUGCAGCCAAAAAACUAAUAAUCACGGAUUUCUACAAGCCAUCAACAGCAACAGCCCAGCAUUCUCCGAAUAAGCAGCCAACAUCAGCCAGUCCAAACAAACCGCCAACAGCACAACAGUCACAAGCUGCAACACAGCCACCAACAGCUAAACAACCAGCAACAGCAAGUACAACUGCCGCCCAGCCAACGCCUCCAAUCACCACCACCAAGACAACAGGAAUGCCACCAAUCUUCUGUUUUUCCGCUAACAUCGCGGAAAUUAGCAGAUUCUGCAAAAAUAAAAACAUCAAGGUGACAUUUAAAAACCGGAGCACAAAGACAACCAUCAUUUCAACUGGGAACCGCCAAUCUUUUGAGGACAUUAAAAACUUCCUAAAGGCGAGGAAGAUCCAAUUUAAUACCUUUACACCCCGAGAAGAUAGGAAGAACCUACUAAUGCUGAAAGGACUUCACUUCACACUCGCAGCCAUUGAAAUAGAAGAUGAACUUAGGAUCGAGGGUCUCCCAGUCAUCAAAGUCACUGAAUUCAAGUCCAAAAAGGCACAGGGCAAAGAAUUCAACAACUUCGUCGUAGAACUAAGUAAGAGCUGUGACAUCGCCGAGGUCUACUCAAAGACAUUGAUAAUGAACCACCGGGUUCAUUGGGAGCGUCUUAGGACCAACGACAUCGUGCAAUGCCGAAACUGCCAACGUUUUGGUCACGUUGCCACAAACUGCGGCCGCCAAUAUGUUUGCGUUAAGUGCAAAGAAGACCAUGAACCAGGACAAUGUAGAAGGAAGGAAAACACCGGAACGGAUGUAUGGUGCGCCAACUGUAAGAAGGAAGGACAUCCAGCUAGCUUCAAAGGAUGCCCGACACUGAAAGCUAAGCUUACCGAAAGGAAUAAGGUGCUGGCGCAGAAAAAGUCUCACCAGGAGUUUGCUGCUAAGUCAGCAUGUACCAUUACCCGGCCAGCAGUGAGCUAUGCAGCAAUGGCCCUAAAAGCACAACCACCAAAGGCAGCAACACCCAAGCCAAUAGCACCAAUGAAGAACCAAACACAACAACGGCAAACCAGGACUCCAGCAAAGAGCAUCCCAGUUAAGACAGGGCCAACUAAGCCGACCAAACCAGCAUCUACAUCAGCACCACCACCGAUGAAUCUCAGUAACGAAGUUGAGCGCCUCUUCGGAAGUGACCUCUUCCUGGAGAAGAGGACAUCAUUCAACUUGUUCUUGAAGAACAACAGCCCAGACAUCGCCCUCAUCAGCGAGACCAACGUGACACGGAAAAAUAACAUUGACAUCGUUGGAUUUAACACCUUCCGACAGGACAAAGCCGAGAACCGAAGAGGGACUGCAAUUUUUGUAAAGAAAAAUAUAAGCACCAGUGAAACCAUCAUCAAAGGACUCUCGACCAGUGAAGCUACUGCCGUAAUCUUAAACCUAGGAAGAGAUGAGACACUCACCAUAAUAAGCGUGUACUUCAAAUGCAAUUCCACGGCCAAAAACAUCCAGAGCGACUUACAGACCCUCAACGGCACACUCUCGAGAAGCACUUAUGGACUCAUCGGCGGUGAUUUCAAUGCUAGACAUCACCUUUGGAUGGAUACAACAAUCAACACUGAAGGGAAGGCAAUAUCCGACUGGUUGGAUUUCAACAGUGCCCAACACUCGUUAGUUGUAAUUUCUCAACCGAAACCAACCUACCCAAGAACACCUUCAACAUUGGACUUCUUCUUAGUAACAUCAAAUUUUGUGCAUAUUCAUCCUGAUUUCUGCAACUUUAUCUGUUCAACAGUAUCCAGCGACUCGGACCAUGAAGCAGUUCAGCUCAGUAUUAAGCUUCAUCAGCCCAUCAACUUAGUGACACAACCAGCGGAACACUUCAUCAACUAUAGGAGAUUGGAUAUAGACAGGCUGCAGAGAGAGGUUGAACAAUCCAUCACUUUCCCACCACACAACAGAAAUCUCCAGAAUGUUGAAAUUGAUGCUGCUAUUGAUUCUCUGGAAACGGCAAUCACAAGUGCACUGGACAAUCAAAAACAGCCGAAGACAUCAAAGGACCGCUACCAACAUCUUCCAGUACACGUGCAAAAUUUAUACGCACACAGACAGCGGUUAAGAAAACGCCUCCAAAGGAUCCACAAGCGGGACUUAAACACAUCAAAUGCCAACUACCGGACAGUGUGGAGUGAGCUGCAGUGCACCAACAUCAUGCUCCGUAACGCCAUUCAACACUUCAACAACACACAGUUCCAGAAGAGACUGCAGUCAAUAAAGCCCGGACCUGAUGCCUUCAAGAAUAUCAACCGAAUUGUUGGACAGAAGUCACCAAUGCCGGAAGUUAUUAACACCAACAAUGGAGAAGCAACAACAUCUCAGGAAAAAGCAGAAGCAUUUGCAGCCCACUUCGAAGGUAACUUCACACCGAACCCUUCCGCAGACCCAGUCUUCUUACAGGAAAUGGAAGCAUCCAUCCGAAGGACCUUAGUACCUAACAUCGAUGUAGCAACAUUCAGCAACACCAAUCCCGCAAGUGAUCCAGUUGACAGCCCAAACCUGAGCACCCCAGAAGAGAUUGCCGAAAUAAUAAGCCUAUCCAAACCUAAGAAAUCAGCCGGACCGGAUGGCAUUUCCAACUUCGUCAUUAAGAGGCUCCCGCAGACAAUAUUAAUCUUCUUAACCAUUAUCCUAAACAACUGCAUCAACAACAGCUACUUCCCGCAGAAAUGGAAAACUGCAAGAAUCGUGGCAAUUCCUAAAAAAGGUGCGAGGAACAUUAUAUCUAAUUACAGGCCAAUUUCUCUUCUCAACAACCUAAGUAAGCUCUUGGAAGAGCUGACACUGAGGAAGCUCAAGAAGUUUUGCAGCGAUUUCAACAUUAUCCCAGACAUGCAGAACUUCUUCGUACAAGUGGAGGAUAGAAAAUCAGCAAAGAAGUGCAUUAGAGCUGGAGUUGCCCAAGGAUCAAAACUUGGUCCCUUCCUCUAUAGUAUCCUGACGUCAGACCAGCCGCUUGCAAGUGAGUGCGAGAACCUGCUUUACGCUGACGAUUCGCUCACAUACUACAAGUCCGUCUCGCCAACGAUAGCUGCCAGGAAAUUAAAAACCUUUCACAAAAAUAAUAAUAAUAAUAAUAUGAGCAAAAUGAGAAAAAUGCCUGCAACAGCUGUAAAGUGGGUUAAUUUAACGGCAUUAUGUGUCUUGCUAACAGUUGUGCUUCUGCCAUCGCCUGCAAAUGGAUUUACACCGAUUGGUGGUGGUAGUGGCGGCGGAUUCCGAAACGGAGAAGGUCGCAAACUCUUCGGUGGCUAUCGGAUAACCCCAAAACACUGUCGAGGAACAAAAACACUACCAGCUUCCGAUCCACGUUCGAAUGGACCAACGAUAUGUAUGUUCAAUCAUGAAUGUGCUCAACGAAAUGGUGAAGUUGUGGGUGCUUGUAUGGAUGGUUUUCUCUUUGGAGCCUGUUGUCAAGUUCCACUAUCAAAUGCCAAUGAGAACACCCUAAUCAAAGAUGCCCAAAACCCCAACUAUCAAAUGGUUACCCAUUCAACAGAAGGUUACGAUUCAGAACUUUAUGGUGGCAAUCAAAAAUUCGAAAGUAAUGAAUUCCAAGAAAUUCAAAGUUCAUCCAGCAAAUUGCAUGAUCCUUCUUCAACAGAACCAUCAUACAUGGAAGAAUUAAUGAGUCAGAAAAUACACAAAGUUAACAUGACUGCAUCGGGAAAUAAAAUCUUCUAUGUUAACAAAGGUUCUGUAAUGGUUUCAUCACCUUCGUCUGUCUCGAAUAGUGAUGACUAUGUUAUGUUAUCAUCAAGUCAAUCACCAUUUGGUAGUGGAAAUAGUGUUAUGAGCGUUACGACAGAGCUCCCUACAAAGAUUUCUACAGAUUUGAUGGAUAAUGAAGAUUCUACACAAAUUCCAAUGAUAAUGAGCGAAACAGCUCAAAUCAAGAGGAAUUACUCCAGUGAUGGUUCCUUAGAUUUAGACAUGGGAGAAUUCACACACAGCGAUAUUACUCAUCCAGGUGCUGAAACAGUUUUGAUUGAUAGUGAUUUGCAAUUCUCAACUGGUUAUGGAGGACCUCAAUCGGUUUAUGUCCCUCCACCAGCUCAUGCUGAAAUUAUUCCUCCAAGAAGAAAACCAAGUUUAGGUAGUCAAAGUGUAGGAAAUCAGAAUAAGAAACCUGUUAAUGAUCAAUACGUCCUUAUUCAAACCCUCGAAGCUUCUAAGAAACCUGCCCAAGCAAGUGGAACUACAUCAACCGGAAUCUCAACGAAUAUCGAUUCAAUUGAAUCCAUUAUAUUAAUGUUGAAUGGAACCAAUCAUGGGCCAACUUAUAAUGUUGGAAAUACCAGUCCUUCUUAUAACCAUCCUUCCUAUGGCCUAAAUUCAGGAUAUAGACCUUUCGUUCCAGUAACUACAGUACGACCUAUGGUUUCAGUGACAACAGGUUCUGGAGUCGUCCUAACAGAUCACGUAUCAACAACAACUGUUGAACCUGCAUAUUAUGAAGAAAUUGAUGCCACAACAUCAACCAUUCUAGAAAACUCCGAUGAGACUAAUAAUAAGUAUCAUUCUAUUGAAAUGUCAGAUGAGAAACCUAGCUUCGUUGAGAUUUCUUCAUCUCCUCAAAAGCAAACAACUGAUAAAAUUGAUUCAAGACCACCUGUAGGACCCCCACAAGGUUCUUACAAUACAAAUUCUCAAGAAAUUCACAAUAACUAUGGUAACAAUGUUAACUCCCAUCAAGAUGCAGCUAACCCGAAUUACGGUUACACUAGCCCAGAACAGCCAACAUCAGAUUUCAAUAAGAUGCCAGCUGUUGGUGAAGCUUAUCCUGUAAUGGAUGAUGAAACUUCAGCUUAUUUUGAAUCCAGUAUGUUGUCACAAGAACAGGCUAUGAAUCAGGAAAAUGGAAACAAAGUCCAGCAUAACAAGCCAAUACCUCAAGAAAUCAUUGUUCAAUCCCAAUCAGGCUACUAUGGUGAUAGUAACUUGAGUAAGAAACCUCAAUCAAACAUGCCAACUCACCAUAGACCAUCGUCACAAAUUCCCCACGAUCAACAAACGCAUCACAAUCAACCUUUGCCACCACCUCAAGCUCUUGUACAGAACUAUCAAGAAGUUACACACAGUCGGCCACAAUCUUCAUUCCAACCAUCAACUCAAAGCUACGAGCAAACUUCAACCCAGGCACCUUCAAGAAGUCCACCACAAAAUUAUGAACAAAUAUCACAAAACUCUGGCCCAUCCUCACAAAGGCCGGUUCAAGACUAUGAGAAAAUAUCCCAAACGGGGUAUAUUUCCCAUUCAACUUCUCACAUUCGACCAACUACUCAAAUUCUUACCACAAAAUACGAAGUUCAAUCCACUUCCCAACGUCCAUCUUCAACCAUCAGACCUACGCAAAAAUUAGUAGUCACACAGGCUUAUGAUCAGAACUCUCAAAGCUCGUCAAGACCUUCCGAUAACAAUAAUGAUGGAUACGGUCAAGUAAGACCAACUCAAAACUACGACCAGAGUCAGUCUUCUCAAGCCGAAAAAGAGGUUACACCAACUCCUGAAUCACAGCUUAUUGCUCAGCUAACUGAUCGCAUCAAGAACGGUUAUCUUGCAAAUCAAAAUAUUGCCCAAGAUCAGUACCUUCCUCGACCAACACCACAAAGUGGUAGCACUCAAUCAACAUCUCGUCCAGUUGCAAUAGCUUUAGAUCAAAAUGGUAACAUUCAAGCUCAAGCUGGUUACUUCUCACAAGCUCCAACAUUCGAAAAGAUCGAAACAUCGGCAAGACCAACUCAAGCCCCAGUUGAAACUAAUUACCAAAGUUCUUCACAAUCUACAAUUUCAUCCACCUCAAGACCGGUCACGGUAACAGCAUCAAAACGUCCAACAAAACGCGUUACCAAACGUCCAAGUACAUCAAAGAAACCAAGUACCAAUAAACUUCCAUCGGCAACACAUUCAUCCCAAAGUGGACUGCCUCCAAGUAGUCAAGAUAAGAACCAUGAUGCAACAAGACCUCCAAACCAAAAACAACCUCUAUCAACAAGUUAUGUAACAGGUCCAACAACUCCACGACCAGAUAUUGAUUUAAGUUUAGUUCAAAGCUCACCGGCACCUAGCAACCAACUUGCUGACAAAGUUGACUCAUACUUAGGCUCCACUCAAGGCCCAGUUUAUAGUUCGAUAUAUUUGUCAAGUCCAACAGACGAGAUCAUCAUACAAAACGGUCCAAUUGGGGCCAUCCAACAGAACUAUAAUAACAAACCUUUGUUUGUGAAAAUCCCCUCGGCAACUCAGAAAACUCCAUCACCGACGAUUGUCAUCACACCCAAGCCUACAGUUGUGAAUCUAAUAACUGCAAGCUCUUCUCCAUAUCGUCCAAAUACCACUCCGGUUCCAAGCAACUCUUAUAUUUACAGUCCACUUGUUACCCGUCGUCCUGAAUACUCUUCCAGUACCCAAGAAUACAUUAGUAUUCCCCAGGUUACCUCAAACGAGUUUGAUGAUCCCGGGUAUUCAGGUCUUCAUACCGCAUCAACCCCAAAUCCGAACAAAAUCCCCACUGACGACAGACCUGCCUUCCCAGGUUAUUACGGACCAACUCCCUCUUAUCCCACUUUCGAAUUGCCAAGUGAUAAGUACGGAAGUAUUAAUGCCGAAGAAGAAGAAGAAACUUACACUUCACCAAACGACUUUGUCAAUUUCCCACCCGUGCGAAACCCUAACUUAAACAUGUCCGCCACAUCCAGUUCUGUGACAAAUGAUUUGGAACUUUCUACCCCGGCAUUUGUGGAGGAUACAAUUUUGAAGGACAAAAUGAAUACUCUUGUGCAUAAAAUCGUUGAAUCACUUCAAGAUAAUUUCGAAGCUUUGGCUGAUAUGAUUGAUGAUAAUAAUAACACAAUUGCGGGGUUUUCUGAACCCACACCAGCUCCAACAACUUUAGCAACGCGGCGUCCAGCUAGUAAAGCACCAACACGAAAGCCUACGACGAAGCCUAGUAGUUCUGCUGGACCAACAAGGGUCUCAACGAAAAAACCACCAACGAGGAUUAGUACAGCAGCGCCAUCUACUACAAGAAAACCAGCUCCAGUGACGACAAGGAAACCAGUUGUUACAACCCGCAAACCUACAACCAAGAAACCCGUGACAAGAAAACCCACCCGAAAGGUCACAGCUCCACCAUCAACAACCCAACCGAUUCGAGAUGAAUUAGUUGACGAAGAAGAUGAGGUCUUAACCAACGAAGUCGAUGACAACAUUGGUGAGGAAGGUGGCGGUGGAAGGAAAUUUCAAUGCGGAGUUCGUCCACAUAUUAAAUCGGGAAGAAUUGUUGGCGGUAAAGGAGCAACUUUCGGAGAGUUUCCAUGGCAGGUGUUAGUCAGAGAAUCUACUUGGUUGGGUUUGUUUACCAAAAAUAAAUGCGGCGGAGUGCUAAUUUCUAAUAAAUAUGUUGUGACUGCAGCACAUUGUCAACCUGGAUUCCUUGCUUCUUUGGUAGCAGUUAUGGGAGAAUAUGAUAUUUCUGGUGACUUGGAAUCGAAACGAUCAGUAACGAAAAAUGUCAAACGUGUUAUUGUGCAUCGGCAAUAUGAUGCAGCAACAUUUGAAAAUGAUUUGGCUUUGUUAGAAUUGGAAAGUCCAGUUAAUUAUGAUACUCAUAUUGUGCCAAUUUGCAUGCCAGCGGAUUCAGCUGAUUUUACUGGUCGUAUGGCAACAGUUACUGGUUGGGGUCGACUGAAGUACGGAGGCGGAGUUCCAUCAGUUCUGCAGGAAGUUCAGGUGCCAAUUAUUGAAAAUAGUGUUUGUCAAGAAAUGUUCAACACAGCUGGACAUGAGAAGAAAAUCCUCAAGUCAUUCUUAUGCGCUGGAUAUGCAAAUGGUCAAAAAGAUUCAUGUGAAGGUGACAGUGGUGGUCCACUAGUCCUUCAACGUGCCGAUGGGCGUUAUGAAUUAGCCGGAACCGUUUCGCACGGUAUUAGAUGUGCAAAUCCUUACCUGCCGGGAGUCUAUAUGAGAACAACUUACUACAAACCAUGGCUGAAGAGCAUUACUGGAGUAAAAUAAACAAAAUUACUAAGAUUUUAAUAGUCUUAUAUAAAAUAAUGUGCUCUAGUAUUAAGUUAGAUAAAAUAGUUUAAUUAAUUUAUUUAUGUAGCUAAAAGUAAAACAAAUUAAAAUUGUAAUUAUAAAUAAUGUUGUGCUCUCUUUGAGAAAAAAAAAAUCGGAACAAUAUCAAAAAUGAAAAAACCCUUAUUAUAUUUUCCGUUCAAAAUUUUAGUCCUAUUGUGUGCCUGUAUAUGAAAAUAUAUAAUUUACUUCCCCCCACUGCACAAAAAGUAGCCAAGGGGAAUUUUAAUUGAUGUAUGAUUGUGAAUUUUUUUAUGAAAUGCCAAUUUUUUUGUAAUUUUAAUUGUUAAUAU